AGGAUUGCCUCUAGAAAAACCUUCAAUGAGUUUCAAGAAUGAAGUGAUCACUUUGAACACAGAAUUCAUUAGCCCUUCUUCCCCUCGUCUAAGCUUUUAUCUUUAUCAACCCUACACUAUAAUUGCCAAAGAAAACCAACAUCCAGGAAUUCACCCCCCAUCGAAGAAAAUCAUUACAACCACACACAUUUACUUACAAAUGUUCAACGUGCCCACCAGAAUCUGCCUCUAUCAAAGAUACAUGUACGUAUAUGACAUAGGGGGGCCACCUCAUUACCACCAAAACAACAGUUAGCUGUCUUUCCUACAUAUGUUUCUGUCUUCAUACUCCAAAAUGAGCACCGCAUCUCCACCCACCUCCCCACCCUUCUCUCCACCUAUCUUCCAUUCCCUCUCCUACCAUUCAUUUCUUUCUUCUCCUUUAAUCCAGCUCUUUCACCACCCACCACCUCUAUUCCUUUCAUUUUAGCUGCCAAAUAAUUGUCCAAGUAGAUUUCACAAACCCCUUCAACCCUCCCCCUCAAACUACCAUCACACCAUGGCCAAACUAGUAGUAGAAGUUCAUGAUGCAUGCGACCUUAUGCCCAAAGAUGGCCAAGGUUCAGCCAGUCCUUUUGUGGAAGUACACUAUGAUGAACAAAGACAAAGGACUCAAACCAAGCCUAGAGAACUUAACCCUAUUUGGAAUGAGAAGUUUUCUUUCAAUGUAAACAAUCCAAGAGAUCUUCCCAGCAAGACCAUUGAAGUUGUUGUGUACAAUGAUCGAAAAGGCGGUCACCACAAGAACUUUCUUGGCCAUGUUAGAAUCUCUGGAAAUUCUGUGCCUUUAUUAUCCGACUCCGAGGCCAUUGAUCUUCAGAGAUACCCUCUUGAGAAACGUGGCCUUUUCUCGCAUAUCAAAGGUGAUAUAGCACUCAAGAUUUAUGCAGUCCAUGAUGGUAACCACUAUCCUCCUCCUCCAACAAAUGCUGACAAUUUUGAAACUGAAGCAACUCCAUUAUUCCAAGAAAUCAACACCAACAAGCUUCAAGCAGAAGAUUCCAUUGAUGAUCAUGAGAAGAAGAAUAAGAAGAAAAGGAAGGAUAAAGAAGUUAGGACUUUUCAUUCUAUAGGGACUGCAACUGGAGGUCCUGCCGCUGCCGCUCCACCUCUUGUAUCUUCGGGGUUCGGGUUUGAGACUCAUGUUAUGAAAGAAAAGGCUCCUACAGUUGAGACAAGAACUGAUUUUGCUCGAGCUGGGCCACCUACUGCAAUGCAUAUGCAUAUGCCAAAGCAGAAUCCGGAAUUCUUGUUGGUAGAGACCAGUCCACCGGUUGCUGCCCGUAUGCGAUACAGAGGUGGGGACAAGAUGGCAUGCACUUAUGAUUUGGUGGAGCAGAUGCGUUACUUGUAUGUGAGUGUGGUUAAGGCCAAAGAUCUUCCUGCUAUGGAUGUUACUGGGAGUCUUGAUCCAUAUGUUGAAGUCAAGCUUGGGAACUAUAAUGGCAGGACUAAAUACUUGGAGAAGAACCAAAGCCCGGUUUGGAAGCAAAUUUUUGCAUUCUCAAAGGAUAGAUUGCAGUCCAAUUUACUUGAAGUUACGGUGAAGGAUAAGGAUUUUGUCACCAAGGAUGAUUUUGUGGGCAGAGUGUAUUUUGAUUUAUCUGAAGUCCCUCUUCGCGUGCCCCCAGAUAGUCCAUUGGCUCCUCAGUGGUACAGAUUGGAGGACAAGAGGGGGAUAAAGACAAGAGGAGAGAUUAUGCUUGCAGUUUGGAUGGGAACACAGGCUGAUGAGUCAUUUCCUGAAGCAUGGCAUAGUGAUGCUCAUGACAUUAGUCAUACAAACCUUGCCACCACCCGAUCGAAGGUAUACUUUUCACCGAAGCUGUAUUACCUUAGAGUUCAAAUCAUUGAAGCUCAAGAUCUUAUCCCCUCCGAUAAGGGUCGCGUGCUGGAAGUGUCCGUAAAAGUUAAACUUGGUAAUCAGGGAAGGGUCACUAGGCCUUUGCAGACGCGAACCAUCAAUCCAAUUUGGAAUGAUGAGCUUAUGUUUGUUGCAUCUGAGCCUUUUGAGGAUUUCAUAAUUGUGUCUGUUGAGGACAGGAUAGGACCAGGCAAGGAUGAGAUACUUGGAAGGGUGAUUUUAUCAGUUAGGGAUAUCCCAGCAAGACUUGAGACUCACAAGUUCCCGGAUCCUCGCUGGUUUAAUCUCUCCAAGCCUUCGUUGGCACAAGAGGAAGGUGAGAAGAAGAAAGAGAAAUUCUCAAGCAAGAUCCUGCUCCGUCUCUGUUUAGAUGCAGGGUAUCAUGUUCUUGACGAGUCUACACAUUUUAGCAGUGAUCUACAACCAUCAUCCAAGCACCUUAGGAAGCCACGUAUUGGUAUCCUUGAACUUGGGAUUCUUAGUGCACGAAAUUUGCUACCAAUGAAGGGGAAGGAUGGUAGGACCACUGAUGCAUAUUGUGCGGCGAAGUAUGGCAACAAAUGGGUUCGAACCAGAACAAUUCUCAAUACUCUGAAUCCUCGUUGGAAUGAACAGUAUACUUGGGAAGUUUAUGAUCCUUGCACUGUGAUCACCCUUGGUGUCUUUGACAAUUGCCAUAUUAAUGGAAGCAAAGAUGAUUCAAGAGAUCAGAGAAUUGGGAAGGUAAGGAUUCGGCUAUCAACAUUGGAAACUGAUCGAAUAUAUACACAUUACUACCCGUUGCUAGUUCUUACCCCCUCUGGAUUAAGGAAGCAUGGGGAACUUCACUUGGCAUUGAGGUUUACAUGCACAGCUUGGGUUAAUAUGGUGACUCAAUAUGGCAAGCCAUUGCUUCCCAAAAUGCAUUAUGUCCAACCAAUUUCUGUUAAGCACAUUGAUUGGCUUCGCCACCAGGCAAUGCAGAUAGUGGCAGAAAGGCUAUCAAGAGCUGAGCCACCUCUUAGGCGUGAGGUUGUGGAGUACAUGUUGGAUGUCGAUUAUCAUAUGUGGAGCUUGAGGAGAAGCAAAGCUAAUUUUCUUCGCAUAAUGUCGCUGCUUUCAGGGAUCACCGCUGCCUGUAAAUGGUACAAUGACAUUUGCAACUGGAGAAAUCCAAUAACAACAUGUCUCGUGCACGUUCUGUUAUUUAUUCUGGUUUGUUAUCCAGAGUUGAUACUGCCCACAAUUUUCCUCUAUCUGUUUGUGAUUGGGUUAUGGAAUUAUCGGUUCAGGCCAAGGCACCCACCACACAUGGAUACUAGGCUUUCACAGGCAGACAAUGCGCAUCCAGAUGAACUUGAUGAGGAAUUUGAUUCAUUCCCAGCAUCCCGGCCACCAUCAGAUAUUGUGAGGAUGAGAUAUGAUAGGCUGAGAAGUGUUGCAGGUAGGGUGCAGACAGUGGUUGGAGAUUUGGCAAGCCAGGGGGAAAGAGCUCAGGCACUACUCAGUUGGAGGGACCCAAGGGCGACGGCAAUCUUUAUCCUCUUUUCAUUAAUCUGGGCUGUGUUGAUUUAUGUCACUCCAUUCCAGGUAGUGGCAGUGCUGGUUGGACUCUACUUGCUUCGACAUCCCAGGUUCAGGAGCAAGAUGCCCGCUGUGCCUGUCAACUUCUUCAAGAGAUUACCGUCCAAAACAGAUAUAUUACUAUGAUGAAUUGGAAGCUAUUAUAACUUAAAACUCCUUAUUUGCUUGAUUCUGCUCGAGGAAAGAUGAUCCAGUAAAUAAUUCCAUCAAUGUGAUGACAGCAGGAAAGCACCUAGGUUCUUUCUCCCCUGACAACCCACCCCGCAAAAGAAUCUUACUUUUGCUGGAUAUGCAUAUCCCACAUUUCUUCAGUCCCAUGCACGGAACCCCACUAUUAUUUUUCUCUUUAUUCCAUAUUCUGUACUAUUAAUAAGCAAUCAUAUUUUGUAUUUCAUGAAUCA